AUGAAAGGAGUCCAGGAGCGAGAACGAGGCAACGCUUUGUACAAGAGAGGUCACCUGACUGAAGCUAUCAAAGCUUACCAAGCAGCCGCCCGUCGUGCCGAACCAGACGAUUACCUACCAUGGUCCAAUCUCUCCGCGGCCUACUAUGAGGUCGGGAACCUCCACGAGUCUGUUCAAUGUGCUCAGCGAGCCUUGGCCAUUUGUCAGACCAAUGACAAUGGAAAUGGAAUUUCCAGUACUACUGCAGAGCUGAAGCUGAUUCCUCGGAUCUUCCGAGGCUAUCUACAUACUCACCAAUUCGAUGCCGCGAGACAAUGGCUACAUCGGCUAGCAGACGUACAGAGUCCGUCUGCGGUUGACGAUCUACGUCAGUAUCAAGAAGCUCUUGACCAUGCCGAAACAGUAUGGCAAGAUUUUCCGGACGAAGAGACGUAUAGAGCACGACUUUUGGCCGAGCUGCCACGUUAUCAACCAGCCUUGAUACAAAGAAACGACAAUCCAGAAUCCAGUAAAAAUGGCAGUCUGGACCGAGUCACUGACCUAGUCGACUUUGCGGUUCAUUCCAACAUCGACAGAAAUUUGUCUGUAUUCCUUGGAGGUAUCGGUGACGCACGUCAUUUCUAUGCCCAACUUGCCAUUCUCGGCGCCACAGAACGCAUGAUUGUGCAUUCUACAUCGCCCCUGCAACGAAGAUACAAUUUCACUUUGAACGACAGUAAUUGUGCGGCUAUUGCACGCAACCUUGUUCUUCUUGUGUUGCUGGAUGAGCUGGCUUGUCUGACUGAUAUUCCGCAAGCUGAACGGACUGAAAUCUAUACAACGGUUUAUUAUAUAUUUGCCGGUGUGAUUAUACCGCGCUAUGCUUUCUGCCGUCUUCUUCACACUGUCGAUGCCCUUGUUGGACGAUUACGGAAUAAUGGGCCUGUGCUCCCGUGGUUACAGAUCUAUGAAUCAGAUCGGUUGCCACUGAUUGAUGCCCUGGAGUCGUGGCUGGAUUUCGAACAGAACGAUCGACUUUCUACGAGCAAUGCGAUAGACAGAGCGGUGCAGAGUCUGUAUGAUGCUAGCAUACCUCACAAAAGUGCAUGCGAUUUAGAUAGUAUUCUAAAGGCGCCACCGGGCUGUCAAAAGGAGUUUGAGACAUACUUCAAACUUCCACUUCUGCAAGCUCCACGAAGUGUUAUGCGGGAGCACGAACCUGAGCUUCUUCAACUUAUCGAGACGAAUGCACCGGCUGAGAAUCUACGAAGUUAUGUGGCCGGAGAGUGGUGCAUCAAUCCGACACUGGGUAUGACUGGACAGACCAAUGGGUCUAAUCCGUUCGAUGUCUGCCGAGCACUAUACAACAUAGUCUCCAUCCAAGAAAGAGGAGGUCCUAAGAAGACCAAAUUAUUUGAUUAUGCGUCAUCAUUCUUUCAGAUGGUAGUGGUCGCUCUUCGGAAGAUCCGCGGCCGACUUAACGUUGAGUAUAUUGCCGGCGAUGCUGCAGUGGCCAUUGAUGGUAUUCGAUAUGGUAUAAAAGACCAAUACAGUACAAGACCUGCUGAUUAUGACCUAAUCUAUUUGUCUCAUUCCUGCGAUAUAUCCACGGUUAUCAGUGCAAGUAAGAUUCUUAACGAAUCCCAAGCUGCGCGACUAAUGGUCAGCGCGCCAAAUUCCGAUUUUCAUAUAGGGGAAAGCAACUCUUUCGCCGCAAUCGACUCGGCAACGCUUCAUAAAGUUACUCAAAUGCGAACAAUUGUGAAGAAAGGCCAACAUGGAUCUUGUUCUACUUCGUUAAACGAAUCUCUACUAGAGUUGAGACGCGACAGGCUAGCACCCUUCCCAUAUGAACACUUGCUUCCGCGCGCAGAGCUUUCACGGUUCCUGUUCUCCCACUUCUUUAAGCUGGCUUUGCCAUCGCAAGGAUAUUCAACAUCAGCUUCCACCAACCUGACGCAUUUCUUCGACAUGCUCAGUCAUUUGCACUCAAUCGGCUACCCAGCCCACUGGCUAGCAGACGCUCUCGCAAAGAUACUCGGUAAUGGAGUCAACUCUUCCCCGUCACCGCCCAGGACACCUGAUGAGACCACACCGCGAACCCAUCUGUCUACCAAUACAACAAUGAGAGGUGCACAUGGCAGUGUUGCACCGCUUCUUCCGGAAAUGUCGACACUCGCCAGCAUGUUUCAGCGUCUCUUGCCGUUCAAUCCAAUUACCAGUCUCGCUCCUCUCAGUGUGAUUUAUCAGUAUAGCAUCGAUUUCGAGAUUGACCAUUCCUGUCUGUCGAAGACACCAAUGGCGCUGAUAAUCUAUAAUCCACAUGCCUACAUUCCCGCGACAAGUUUCCAAUUCCCAGAAGAAGGCUAUAUAAUCUUAUCAACAUUCACAUUCACACCAGAAGACGAUGGCCAUGCACGCGUCACAUUCUGGCUGAGAGAAGACAUCAUCACCCAAUUGCAGUCCUCAGUAUCAAACGAAAAAUGGCAGUGCAAUCUUCUCCGCGCAGGGGACCCUUCCGACAACGAUGACGAAGUAUGGAAACCAAUCAUCGAACAAUGCGUAUCAAUCGACAGUGUUAUUAAAGGUGCACAAUGGGUUCAGUGCGGUGGCGUUGAUGUCAAUGGAGAAACGAUGGAGUUGGAUGACUUAAAUUGA